GUAAAAUUCAGAACCUGCUGACCGAGGGAAUAAUUAACUCACUGACCAGACUCGUGUUGGUGAAUGCCAUCUAUUUCAAAGGCAACUGGGAGGCCCAGUUUGACAAAGAGAGGACAAUGGAAAGGCCAUUCAAACUUAACAAGUGGAUUAAACCUGAAAUGAUGGACUACACAGAGGUGAGGCUGUCUUUACCCAGAUUUAAACUGGAAGAAAAUUAUGAUCUGAAACCCAUUUUGGGCAGCAUGGGAAUGCCCGAUGUGUUUGACCCGAUCAAAGCAGACUUCUCAGGAAUGUCUUCUGGCAACGAGUUGGUGCUCUCUGAAGUGGUUCACAAGUCCUUUAUAGAAGUCAAUGAGGAAGGCACUGAGGCCGCAGCUGCCACAGCAGGGGUGAUGAUGCUGCGCUGUGCAAUGAUUGUUCCACAAUUUACUGCUGAUCAUCCCUUCCUCUUCUUCAUCCGGCACAACAAAACUUCUACCAUUUUGUUCUGUGGCAGGUUUUGCUCUCCCUAAGCAGGAGACGUCUUGGCUGAUGAGCCCCUAUUACUCCAAUAAGUUUUGGUGCCUUUACAAUAGGAUUACUCUCUUGUCCUCACUGCCUUUUCCAACAGUGCCUGAAUCCUCUUUACUGGUCUUCAUCUCAAGCUUGCAUGGAAUAACACAGCCACUUAGAAAUGGAUAGCGACUGCCAUUUC